AUGCUAGCUGCUCUUUCUGCCACGCUCAUUGCCCUCUCCUUUGCUACCGGUCGCGCCGCGCAGGUCGGACUGGACUUGGCUCUUACCUACUCCGCGGAAGGGCCGCUUCACCUCGUCAGCAGUAUCAUCAACACAGGCGACGUCGAAAUCAAACUGCUCUUGGACCCACACACGGUCUUGGUGUCCAGCAAUGUGAACAAGUUCAGCAUCAGCACUCCCGACGGGAAAUCGCCCGGGUCCAUCGGUGUCCGCAUGGACUACGACCCGGAGGCGGUCCUCGCGGAGAACCGGGCGGACUCUUUCGUCACAAUGCGUCCUGCAACGUUCAUCGACAUCAAACACGACGUGUCCAAGAUAUACAAUUUUACCGAAACAGGCACUGGGAAGUACACCAUCGUCGCCCCGAACGUCUUUUCCUACGUCGACGCGGCUGGUACCGUGGCCACCAUCGAGGCCAACAACAAGUUCGCUACCGCCCAUAUCGAGCUUAAACCAGAGGACCUCCCCACCGCGACCCCGCCGCGCAGUCCGGCAGGCACGUGCCACGCCCAAACCCGGCUCACCAAACGCCUGAACUACCUAUGCUGCAGUCCGGAGCAGCAGGUAAUCAUCCAAAGAGCUGCCCUGGCUGCGCAGGCUUCCGUCGAAAGCGCACACAACUAUUUGUUGGACCUCAUCGCCAACCCGCGCGCAACCCCCCGCUGGACGACAUGGUUUGGCGCUCAGACGCAGGACCGGCUCGCCCGCGUGGCCGGCCUCAUCGCCAGAAUGAAGAACAACAACUUUGGGGAAUACGUUUUUGACUGCUCAUGUGACCAGCAAGACGCGCACGCCUAUGUGUGGACGAACGAGCCGUACCUGAUCAUGUACCUCUGCCCGCGGUUCUUCGACGCGCCGCUCCACGGCCGCCGCUCGCAGGUCGGGACGCUCGUCUACGAGGCGUCGCACUUCAACUUCAUCGGCCCCACCCGCACCAUCGUCACCGGCUCGGCGCUCGCCAUGGAUCUGGCGCGGCACGGCCCCCACAACGCCGUAUUCAACGCGGAUAACUACGCGUACUUUGUGGACAACGCCUACCCCGAAGAACUUCCCUGA